AGUGUCCUCCCCUGAUAUAUGUUAUGUGUUAUACUGUAACUGCCAUGAUCCCAUGGAUGCCUUUCAAGGGUUCCAACCCACCUCUUGCUGCUUAGCCCUUCGAGCACUGUGCAGCUGCUUGCUCCCCAGACUAAGACCUUCCCUUGGUAAUCUCUUCUGGCCCGAGGGUGCCUUUUAUCACUCAUCAUUUUGUAUCAAUAAAAUCUCUUUGCUUUUGUGGCAAAUGGUUUACAUGGCAGAUACAAGUUUUUUUCUCGAAAAUGAGAAUAAUUGUUAACAUCUGAGAAAUAAGUUGUGCGAAAUACAACUUCUGCCAGUAAGGGGGUCCAUAUGUUUUAGGGAGAGGUGGUUAGGUGUUGUCUUGGUUACAGACUAUUAUACCUAAUACUACAUGGGUGGCAGGUAGGCUGUGAGUGUCUCGAAGGGUUAACAGGCCCAUGUGGCUAUCUAUAUCAUGAACUGUUUAAUUUAAAGAAAGGUAUUGGGUAAUGUGAGUAGCAAAAUGUUUUUAAUUGUUUGUGAUUUGAUGCUUAUCCUUGGGGUAAUUCACCUGCUCAUACAAUGUGCUGCACCCUGCUGUGCCCAGUAAGCGGCAACGCAAUGACCCCAUUACCGCACACACAAACCACCCCAUCACGAGGCAGUCAGAAGCCAGAAAUGUGCUGGCUGUCUGAAGCUUGGCUCCCAGUCAAGGAAUGCCCCCAGAUUGCCAACCCACCUGGGUACAGAUCUGAGGCUUCAAAGUAUUCCUGUGUAAAACAAGAACACUCGUAAUAAGCAAUGCUAUUUUACCACCCCUUUCUUCCAAGUGGCCCUUCCUUCACUCCACUAUAGUAUCAUUUUGCAGGCUUAUGGUCAGUUACCACCACUGCAGGCUUGUCAGACUUUUAGGGGCUAGGGAAGUUCCAUUAGAAGAGAUGAGGACAUAGUCAAUUAUGAGACUUACACACACAAACUAUAGUGCCGUUGUCAUCAACACUAGUGAGUUAUGGUCUCAGAUUUCAAGCCCAUUUUAAAUGGCAUUUAGUCCAAAUCUGGUCAGGGAUCUUAAUUUGGGCUCCAGGGGUCUAAGUAAUAGAGUGGAUUACAGUGACUGUAUAAUCCUUGGCCAAAGGGCUUUGUCUCCAGUAUUGUCUUGUCCCUUACCUCUCACAGGGCAAGGAGCCGUCACUUACAUAUAUUCACAUUUCUCAAAGCCUAACUCUGGCUACAACUUGUUUGUCUUGCCAGCUUAAAUUUAUGUUUGUUCGUUAGAAUGAACUAAAUAGCCGUGCAGUUUAACCAAGGAUGGCCUAUUUCUCAGACUACAGCUUGACUAGCCUUUAAGCAUUUGAUUAACUAAACACAUACCUUGUAGAUUAAGUUUACAGUAUGUUUAUUUACACGUUGCAGAAAUGUAUUUUUAAUGCAACAAUUUGCCUGUAGGGUCUGAGAUUUAAUUGGGCUUAGUGCCUCAAUGUCGUCUGGGGGUAGGGUUGUAUCAAACCUGCAUGUAGACAGCUCUGUCAUAUACAAAUAUGUUAUGGAAAUAUAUUUCUAUUUCACUUCUUUGUAAAAUAGAAACAUAUCAAGAAAUCUGUGUGCCGCAAUUCCACAGGCCCAUACUAACUGUCCUUAAUUUCUCUCCUACAGCAGUACUGCUUUGCCAGUCCUGUACUGCAGUCUCUUAAGGGUGCAGCACCUCAUCCUGUGUAGGUUAUGGUGAACAGACAGAAGUGUGCGCUUGUCACUUUUGUCAGGGUCCACUGGCUGGUUGUCUGUCUGGGUGGGGGAAAAGCAGCUAUACCUCAACAAAUCUCUACCCCAACAACCUUUUAUUUUGUCUUCUACCGAAGACUUAUUUUUAUAGAAUUAAAUUGAAAACGCUGCCAUUUUAUGGUGGUCUUUUGCUUUAGAUUUAUCUUGUAAUUCAUAAUAUAUAUAUUUUUUAAACAUUUUUCUAAAAAGGAAGUCAAGAUCUACAUUUAGGAAGUUGGAAUAGCAGUGGACUCCAAGGUCAAACUAAUGACUGCUCAGUAGCAUGUGGCCUGUUCCCCUGAAACUAAGGUAUUGAUCGUAUGGAUCUAAAAGUUGCUCCACUGCCCCUCAGGUAUACGUGUAACUACAUAUAUAUAUAUAGAUAUGCUCUCCCUGCCCUGGGUUACAUAAAGUAGCUACACAUUUAGCUCACAGAACAUUCCUAGAUUUGGCAACAAAAAAAAAUCUUGACUUCAUUUUCUUAAAAUGCUAUCAGUAAAUCGCACUCUGGGGGAUAUUUUUUUAAUUUAAUUUUUUUUACUUUGAAGUUUGAGCCCCAGGAGGAUUUUUCUUUUGUGACGUAAAAAACAAAUCACAGGUGGUAUGCUUAUGUGUAUGAGUUCCAACCCUUUUCCAAAGUGUUACUAAUGGUAAAGAGACAUUUUCUAGGCUUCUUUUCUGCCGGUUGAAGUCUGACUGCAGAAGGACCCUUGGCACUGAAAGUGGGGCAAAACACCGGACCCCAAGCUGCAGUCCAGGUCGUACAUGGACGUCAUGAAGGAGCAGCACCUGACCAAAGAGGAGAAAGAGAUUCGUCUGCAGAUGGCAGAGAAGGCCAAAACAGGAGACCUGAAGGCUGUCAACGGCUCUGCCGCCUCCCAGGCUGCUGCUGCCGCCGCCGCCGCGAAGCGUAAACGCCGCUGGGACCAGACGGCCGAGAAACAGGACCAAUCAGGAACCCCCAGCAACGCCGGCACACCUAAGAAGAUGUCCAGCUGGGACCAGGCCGAUCAGGCUGCUGAGCAGACCCCAGGACACACCCCAGGACACACCCCAGGACACACCCCAUCCAACAGCCGCUGGGACGAGACCCCCGGAAGGAACAAGGGCAGUGAGACCCCAGGGGCCACCCCCAGCUCCCGAAUGUGGGACCCCACCCCUAGCCACACCCCGGCUGGAGCAGCCACGCCAGGCAGAGGGGACACACCGGGACACACCACCCCUGGACACGGGGGAGCCACAGGCAGCGUGCGCAAAAACCGAUGGGACGAGACCCCCAAGACGGAGAGGGAGACCCCUGGUCAUGGAAGUGGUUGGGCCGAGACCCCCCGAACAGACAGGGGAGACGAGUCAGUGGGAGAGACCCCCACCCCCGGGGCCAGUAAAAGGAAGUCCCGUUGGGACGAGACCCCCGCCAGCCAGAUGGGCUCUUCCACCCCACUGAUGACCCCUGGGAAAACUCCCAUCGGAACCCCUGCCAUGAAUAUGGCCACUCCCUCUCCAGGUCACCUGAUGAGCAUGACCCCAGAGCAGCUGCAGGCCUGGCGUUGGGAGAGAGAGAUAGACGAGAGGAACCGACCUCUCACAGACGAUGAGCUGGAUGCCAUGUUCCCAGAAGGAUACAAGGUCCUUCCCCCACCAGCAGGCUAUGUGCCCAUCCGUACCCCUGCCCGGAAGCUGUCUGCCACCCCCACCCCCAUGGGGGGCAUGACGGGCUUCCAUAUGCAGCAGGAGGACCGCUCCAUGAAGCAGAUCAACGACCAGCCCAGUGGCAACCUGCCCUUCCUCAAACCAGACGACAUCCAGUACUUUGAUAAACUGCUGGUUGAGGUGGAUGAGUCCACUCUGAGCCCAGAGGAACAGAAGGAGCGUAAGAUCAUGAAACUGCUGCUGAAAAUCAAGAACGGGACACCUCCCAUGAGAAAGGCUGCUCUGCGUCAGAUCACAGACAAGGCGAGGGAGUUUGGAGCAGGGCCCCUUUUCAACCAGAUCCUGCCCCUGCUCAUGUCUCCUACUCUGGAGGACCAGGAGCGCCACCUGCUGGUCAAGGUCAUAGACCGCAUCCUCUACAAGCUGGACGACCUGGUCCGCCCAUACGUACACAAGAUCCUGGUGGUGAUUGAGCCGCUGCUGAUUGAUGAAGAUUACUACGCCAGAGUGGAGGGCAGGGAGAUCAUCUCUAAUUUGGCCAAGGCUGCUGGCCUGGCCACUAUGAUCUCCACUAUGAGACCUGAUAUUGACAACAUGGAUGAAUACGUCAGAAAUACAACCGCCAGAGCUUUCGCUGUCGUAGCGUCCGCUCUGGGUAUCCCCUCCCUCUUGCCCUUCCUCAAGGCUGUGUGUAAGAGCAAGAAGUCAUGGCAGGCCCGCCACACGGGCAUCAAGAUUGUCCAGCAGAUUGCCAUCCUCAUGGGUUGUGCCAUCCUGCCCCAUCUGAGGAGUCUGGUGGAGAUCAUCGAGCAUGGUCUAGUGGAUGAGCAGCAGAAGGUGCGGACCAUCAGUGCCCUGGCCAUCGCCGCCCUGGCUGAGGCUGCCACGCCCUACGGUAUUGAGUCCUUUGACUCCGUACUCAAACCCCUGUGGAAGGGUAUCCGACAGCACAGAGGAAAGGGUCUGGCUGCGUUCCUGAAGGCCAUUGGCUACCUGAUCCCUCUGAUGGAUGCUGAGUAUGCUAACUACUACACCAGAGAGGUCAUGCUGAUCCUCAUCAGAGAGUUCCAGUCUCCUGACGAGGAGAUGAAGAAGAUCGUGCUCAAGGUGGUGAAACAGUGUUGUGGUACUGACGGUGUGGAAGCCAACUACAUCAAGACAGAGAUCCUGCCUCCCUUCUUCAAGCACUUCUGGCAGCACAGGAUGGCCCUGGACAGACGCAACUACAGACAGCUGGUGGACACCACAGUGGAGCUGGCCAAUAAGGUGGGAGCAGCAGAGAUCAUCUCUCGUAUCGUAGAUGACCUGAAGGACGAGGCAGAGCAGUACAGGAAGAUGGUGAUGGAGACCAUAGAGAAGAUCAUGGGGAACCUGGGAGCUGCUGACAUCGACCACAAGCUGGAGGAGCAGCUGAUCGACGGCAUCCUGUACGCCUUCCAGGAACAGACCACAGAGGACUCUGUGAUGCUGAACGGGUUUGGCACGGUGGUAAAUGCCCUGGGGAAGAGGGUGAAGCCCUACCUGCCUCAGAUCUGUGGUACAGUGCUGUGGCGUCUCAACAACAAGUCCGCCAAGGUCCGCCAGCAGGCUGCUGACCUCAUCUCCCGCACCGCCGUGGUCAUGAAAACCUGCCAGGAGGAGAAGCUGAUGGGUCACCUGGGAGUGGUGUUAUAUGAGUAUCUAGGAGAAGAGUAUCCUGAAGUACUGGGAAGUAUCCUUGGUGCUCUCAAGGCCAUCGUCAAUGUCAUCGGUAUGCACAAGAUGACUCCACCAAUCAAAGACCUGCUACCUCGGCUGACGCCCAUCCUGAAGAACAGACAUGAGAAGGUGCAGGAGAACUGUAUUGACCUGGUGGGCAGGAUUGCUGACAGGGGUGCUGAGUACGUGUCGGCCAGGGAGUGGAUGCGGAUCUGCUUUGAGCUGCUGGAGCUCCUCAAGGCCCACAAGAAGGCCAUCCGCAGAGCCACCGUCAACACCUUCGGAUACAUCGCCAAGGCUAUCGGACCCCAUGAUGUGCUGGCCACACUACUCAACAACCUGAAGGUUCAGGAGCGUCAGAACAGAGUGUGUACCACCGUGGCCAUCGCCAUCGUGGCUGAGACCUGUUCUCCUUUCACCGUGCUCCCCGCUCUCAUGAACGAGUACCGCGUGCCUGAGCUCAACGUGCAGAACGGCGUGCUCAAGUCCCUGUCCUUCCUGUUUGAGUACAUCGGGGAGAUGGGCAAGGACUACAUCUAUGCUGUCACGCCCCUGCUGGAGGAUGCACUGAUGGACAGAGACCUGGUCCACAGACAGACUGCCAGUGCUGUGGUGCAGCACAUGUCCCUGGGUGUCUACGGCUUCGGCUGUGAGGACUCCCUUAACCACUUGUUGAACUACGUGUGGCCCAAUGUGUUUGAGACGUCGCCCCAUGUAAUCCAGGCUGUCAUGGGGGCCCUGGAGGGCCUCAGGGUGGCUAUCGGCCCCUGCCGCAUGCUGCAGUAUUGCCUGCAGGGUCUCUUCCACCCAGCCAGGAAGGUCCGAGACGUCUACUGGAAGAUCUAUAACUCCAUCUACAUCGGUUCCCAGGAUGCUCUGAUCGCUCACUACCCCCACGUCUACAACGAUGAGAAGAACCCUUACCUCCGCUAUGAGCUGGAGUACUUCCUGUGAUUCUGCUCUCUGUUCAUGCUCUUUCUUUCUCUCUGUUUACGGUCUCUCUCUUUCUCUCUCUCUCUGUUCACUCGGUUUCUCUCUUUCCCUCCUCUCUUUCAUCUCUUCUCUCUCCACUCUUCGUCCUAUCUCUCUUGGUGUGUAGAUAGGACUUGGUCCAUUUUUUUGUAUUAUUUAGCCCCUCUGUCUUUGUAGUGGGUGUGUCCAACAUAGCCACAGUGUCUGUGGCCCAAGAUUAAUUUUUAAUCAAAUAAAGGCACUAUAUGAUUAGGGAGAAAGAAAUAUAAAACUGAAACAUUUCUUAGAGCUUAUGUAUUGUUUUAUUUCUUUUAUAAUUUCCAUAAGGAAUGAUAGACACAUGCAGUACAGUGACAUGCAGGAUGUAAGUUGGCCAUGUUAACGAAUGGAAAAGCAAGUCAGUGAGUUUUGAAGUUCUUUAAAAUAUUGUUAUGGUUUCUGUGUACAGUCCUCUAACGGCCAUUCCUUCUCAAUCCUCUGCUCACCUAUCAGUGAUCACCCCUUUGUUCUUAUCAGAAUGUUGCUUUAUUUGACUAAAUAAACAUUUGUGUAUAAAA